AAUCGAUGGGGGUUCAGAGUAAUUGAGGGGGGAAAAGAAGAAGAAGCAGCGCAAAGGGGGAAAUUGGUUCGAUUUCUUCAGCAAUUCACUCCCUUCGAUCUCUAGAUUUAUUCGAUGAUCACUUAACUAUCGACAAUUGUUUCAAUUCAACCACUGCAGAAAAGCAAUUGGAAUAGAUUAGAUUAGAUGGAUCAUCACAACUGUUCAUCCAUCGCAGAUCUCCGAUCAAGAUAAUUCACCCUUAGAUUGUUACAGAUUCGGAUCUGUAAAUUGUGUUGGUUUUUCUGAAUACAUUUGGUGUCUACUGAUUAUUUCUUUGAAUUUGUGUUGGGAGAGUUUUUCUUCAAUGGCGACAAGGAAUAGAACAUUUCUGUUUAAGAAGUAUAGAGAUGCAUUGAAGAGCGUUAGGGCUCCUUCGGCUGUAGCUUCUUCUAGCUCCCGCGGUGCGGUGAUUGAGUUGGCCAACGCCGGUAUGCUAAAGCAAAAUCGUUCUUAUGCUCCUCUUAGUACUGAGGAUCCCGGAACUUCCUCCGCAGGGGCACUAACCGUGGGUCUUCCUCCUGCUUGGGUUGAUGUAUCUGAUGAAAUAGCAACAAAUGUGCAACGUGCGAAGUCUAAAAUGGCGGAGCUAGCGAAGGCUCAUGCCAAGGCUUUGAUGCCCUCGUUUGGGGAUGGGAGAGAAGAUCAACACAGGAUUGAGGCCCUUACCCAUGAGAUAACUGAUCUCCUCAAAAAGUCAGAAAGGAGAUUGAAGAGAUUAUCUGCUGGUGGGAAUUCUGAGGAUUCAAGUAUCAGGAAAAAUGUGCAGCGUUCUCUUGCCACUGAUCUUCAAAGCCUUUCAAUGGAACUCCGGAAGAAGCAGUCCACUUAUUUGAAGCGCCUUCAGCAGCAGAAAGAGGGUCCAGAUGGUGUUGAUCUGGAAAUGAACUUAAAUGGAAAGCAUUCUAAAAGGGAUGAUGAUGAGUUUGAUGACUUGGGUUUCAACGAACAUCAGAUGGCAAAAUUGAAGAAAAGCGAGGCUUUCACAGUGGAAAGAGAGAAAGAGAUUCAACAGGUUGUGGAAUCAGUAAACGAGCUGGCACAGAUCAUGAAGGAUCUCUCUGUCCUUGUGAUCGACCAGGGAACUAUUGUUGAUAGAAUAGACCACAACAUUCAGAAUGUUGCAGCAUCCGUGGACGAAGGCCUUAAACAGCUGCAAAAGGCGGAACGAAGCCAGAAACGAGGGGGAAUGGUAAUGUGUGCUACAGUACUUGUUAUCAUGUGCUUUGUAAUGUUGGUCUUGUUAAUCCUUAAGGAGAUUCUUUUCUGAUCAUUUCUUUCAUUACAAAGUAAUUUGUUUGUUUCAAGUAUUUGGCUUACACAGAAUGACUGUAUACCAUCCUCCUCAAACACGCAAAUACCCAUAACGGGAAGUUUUGGAAAUUCCCGUGUUUAUGUACUAGCAGGGGGAAGGCAGGAGUACGUGCGUGUAUAAUUCAGAGUCAUGUAUAGAGGAUUUUGUACUGUAUGGUAUUGAUUUCUUUUUGUUGGGAAAAAUGGGUUGUAAUUUUCGGGGACUAGAUUUACGUAUCGAUUUAUUCAUCAAAUAUAAUGGAAGAGCAUCUAUUGUUA